AUGAUGAUGGUAAGUCUCAAGGUGGCUGAGUGUUUGACCACUCAAAUCAGGGCUCCAUGGCAGACCAAGGGACGUGACAGCUCUAGUCAGAGUAAGAAAUAUAGCGUACAAAUGGACAGCCUCAGUUCUGAGAGCUCUACUCAGCACUUCCGGAGCUUCCACUCUCAUGAAGCAGCUGGACCUCGUGAGGCUGUUGGCCAACUUCAGGAAUUAUGCCUUCAGUGGCUGAGGCCAGAGGUCUAUUCAGAAGUGUAUCUGGAACUGCUGGUACUAGAGCAGUUCCUGACCAUUCUGCCCAGAAACACCCAGACCAAGAUAAAGAAUCACCACCUACAGAGCACUGAAGAGGCUGUGGCCUUGGUAGACCCCUUGCAGAGUGAAUCUGGUCAAACAAGGAAUGGGGUUGCUGUCCAUGAGCUGAGAAAGGAAGCAGUGCUCUUGGGAGAAACAGCAGAGGCCCCAGGCUUCAGACUGAAGCCAACAGAGUUCCAGCCGUCAGUGGGCACAUCCCAGGAUGAAGAACUUCGGAAUACAUAUCAGGGUGUACAAGAAGAGCUGAGCAGAAAUACUCAUAAAGAAACCGAGCCUGUGUGUGAGAAGGCUGUACCUGCUCACCAGACCCUUGCCUUUCCUGAGCAGACAAACACCAAAGACUGGACAGUGGCAUCUGAGCUCGUCUUGCCUGAGUCCCAGAGCCUGUUGACAUUUGAAGAAGUGGCCGUGUAUUUUUCCCAGGAAGAAUGGGAGUUACUGGAUCCCGGUCAGAAGGCCCUCUACAAUGAUGUCAUGCAAGAAAACUAUGAGACUGUCAUCUCGCUAGCCAUAUUUGUGCUUCCGAAACCUAAGGUGAUCUCCUGUCUAGAGCAAGGGGAAGAGCCAUGGGUUCCAGGAUCCCUGAAUUUGAAGGACAGUCCUGGAGCGCGGCCUACAGGGUUAAUGCACAAAGAUGACACUGCAAAUCAUCAGCCUAUGUGCCUUUCUGACUUGGAAAUACAAGCACCAGGAGACAUAGUGUCAAAAAUGGCCAGAGUGAAUGUUCCCCACAAAGUAGGAAAAGAAAAUCAUACUGAUAUGCACAAGGUGGGGAAACGGCACCCAGAUUUUCCAGUGAAGAAAAGAGAGAAGCUUUUUACCUGGAGACAAGAGCUGCUGAAACUCAUGGAUCGUCACAAGAAAGAACGUGCGGGAGAGAAGCCUUUUAAAUGCCAGGAAUGUGGGAAAAGCUUCAGAGUUAGCUCUGACCUUAUUAAGCACCAAAGAAUUCACACUGAAGAGAAACCGUAUAAAUGUCCACAGUGUGAUAAGAGGUUUAGAUGGAGUUCAGAUCUUAAUAAGCACUUAACGACACACCAAGGAAUAAAACCAUAUAAAUGCUCAUGGUGUGGGAAAAGCUUUGGUCAAACAUCAAAUCUCCACACACACCAAAGAACUCACACUGGAGAGAAGCCCUUUACGUGUCAUGAAUGUGGGAAAAAAUUCAGUCAGAACUCCCACCUUAUUAAACACCAGAGAACCCACCUUUAGUACAUGCAAGAGGAGCUUCAGCAGGCUGUCAGAUUUUAAACACCAGAAACUCCACCAAUGAAGGGAAGCUUAUCCAGUGUCCUCAGUCUGAACAAAUUCACCAAAUGGAACUUGACCCUAAAGUUUAUGAAAAAAAUACAAAAUUACAAAAAAAAAAAACGAAGAGUUUUCUAUCAGUGGAAAAUUUUGGGAUAUAAACAUGUUUCAUAGAGAGGAAUCAAGGUUGACUCUGCAGGGCAUGUACUAAAGUUGUACUACUUUCUGUUUUUACUGAUAAGUUUCAGGGAAUUUCUUUGCAAGAGAGAGGUAUUCUAAGAACAUUCUGAAUAAUGGGAAAAGCUGUUUGGGAUUGUACCUGGCAAAAUAGCAAAUUCAGCUUCAAAUGAAUCUGAUAAUCAGUCUUCAGUGGUCACUGAGGUAAAUAGUGUUGGUUUCACACUGAUCUCCCAGCUACUCUUAAACACAUAUGAUAGAAACAUUUGUAGGAUGGUCUUCAUAACAAAAGUGAUAAUAUACUUUUUUUAUUGCAUUCCAUUGUCUUCAAGGUAGCAGGCUUACCAAUUUCAGUAGUCUAAUGGGGCAGAUAUGAAUUCUAAUAUAAAAGUUACCAAGAACCAAAUUGGAAUUUCUUUCUGUCUCUCCUUUCUGAACAUUGUAUGAGUUUCUUCUUGAACUUUUUAGCACCUUUACUUCUUUACUUGUAUUAACACAGUUUUUUACUGUGAUGAAAUCAUAUUUACUUCCCCACUAGGGAAUCUGCCAGAUAAGUAAUAAUGCACUAUCUUAUGCCUCUCGUUGGUGGUGUUUGAAAAAUGAAAACAUUUCUAAUGAGAUCAUAUGGAAACAGUUUGGAAUUUUUAGCCAUGAAAUAUGUAUUAGAUAUAAAGAAGAAUUUUCUUCAGUAACAAAGUUUCUUUUGUUUACUUCCCUCACAAUGUCAAUAGGAUAAAAUAGCCAUAAAAUUUUUCCUGAAGCAUAAAAGAAAAUCAGUGCGCGCUCAGGAUUAAUUUCUCAGGUUUUUGUUUGGUUAUUAAUUUGGCUUUUGUUCGUUGCUGUGAACAUAGAGGUAUGUUCAAGAACUGGGGCGUGUCCUGCAGGCAGGAUGCUGUGGUUUACUGGGCAUGGUCACCUGGGAAUUCAGUCAGCAGGAGACUAAGUUUCCAAAAAGGAAGGUUGGGGAAUUGAUGCUGAGCAGUUGGCAAGGCUGGGCGAAUCCAUAUCCAUGUUGGUUGUCUUACACUGUAAACUGUUAAGCAGGCAGUGCCUACCAGUGUCUGUUUUCUCUAGCACAGCAUGUAGCAGUAGCCUUAAGUGAUAAAUGUGAUAGACUGCUGAAAACCUCUCUAGGCUGUGGAUUUCCUACUAACUCACUGCGUUUAUCUACAACAGUGACUCAGAUGUGUGUCUGUUAGAGCUUUUAGAUAGUAUCAGAGAAGUGGUUAUAUUAUCUCUUCCAAAUCUCUUAUUUUAUAAAUGGAGACGUUAAGGCUCAAAGACAUACAGGGACUUGUUCAAGACCCCAUAGCUACUGGGUCUGUUGGCUGUCACUUAGCUUCAUUAGACAGCUCUGAAGGCAGGGUUAGCGGGACUGAUUUAUAUGUUAUCCCUGCAGAGCCAGCCUGGAUGACAUUGUAUUGUUUCUAUUUCUAGCUUAUAAAACAUUCCUGUUUCUUGAUUGGUUACUGAAACACUCUUCAGUCUCCAUUUUCUCUGAAAUAGAGAAACAUCUCAGGGUUGAUCUGGGGGUUACAGGGAUUCAUAAAAGAAAAGUGCCUACCAGCCUGGCCAACAGUAGAUGCUCAAGGAAUGUGCACUUCUUUCCCUGUCCCCUGCUCCCCAGAUAAGUUGGGAGGUUGAUUGCAUUAAAGAAGCAGAUGUGUUUGUGGCUCUUGCAGCUCCUUUGAGGAGCUGAGCACUCGUGGUGGUGGUUAUGCUGAGUUGAUUAGGUCUGUGGGUUCAGUGCUCUUCGUUGUAAGUCACCCAAGCUUUGGUCUGGUAUGUUCAACAGGAUUUUAUUUUCUUCCCCAAACUGAACUAUACCAAGUAGUAUUUCUUAAUCAAAACCAGCUCUGAAUAGCUAAUCUGCGUAGCUCUUACCCAACACCCUCAGUCUGGAACCGCUGGCACUAUAUCUCUUCUCCCAAAAUAUGUGUGAAUCUCUUGCUGGUACUGCAGUCAUUCAUUUAGUUUAAUGAGGGCCUAUUAUAUACCCAGACGCUGUUCUAGACUGAGGCUAUGGUAGUGAACAGAAGAGAAAAAAAUGCACACCCUCAUGGAGCUUGUAUUCUAGUGAACAG